UGCAGCUGCCGCAGACUGUGUUAGCCGCCUUCCCGCGCAUUUCAUGCUGGAUUAGGUAGAUUUUGUCUUUAUGCUACAACCACCAAAGAUUUUGGCUAUUUGGUUUUUCACUCGCCCAAAAACCACUGUAGCAAUCAGUCGCGCCACCCGAGCCAAAAAUUCGCAACACUUAAAUUCCAUUUUUUGUAAAAUAAAAUUGUGAAAUUGAUCAGUGAACGCAUAACGAAGAUGCCACGACGCAAGGUACUCACAAACAAUAAUACCGCUGAAGAAGAUAAGACGAUGCAGCCCACAAAAGCGAAAAGGGCGCGAAUGGUUUUCCAUCUGGAUUUGCCAGAGCGUCGUCAAAUAGUUGGCAAUGUGUUAGUGUGCGGCACUGGCGAUACCGGUCAAUUGGGUCUUGGGGAGGAUGUAGUGGAACGCAAGCGUCCGGCCCUCGUUGAGAAUAUACCAAAUCCUGUCGAUGUCUGUGCCGGUGGCAUGCAUUGCUUGGUGUUAACGCAGGCAGGCGACAUCUACUCAUUCGGUUGCAAUGAUGAAGGCGCGCUUGGUCGUGACACCAGUGAAGAGGGCAGUGAAUCAACGCCGGCACUCAUCAAUUUACCUGGCAAAGCGCUUUGCAUUUCGGCGGGCGAUUCGCACUCGGCAUGUCUAAUGGAGGACGGGCGCGUCUUUGCGUGGGGCUCGUUCCGGGACUCGCACGGCAACAUGGGCCUAACAAUAGAUGGCAACAAGCGCACACCUAUCAAUCUACUCGACGGCAUGGUUUGCUGCAGCAUUGCCUCUGGCGCCGAUCAUUUAGUUAUACUCACCACAUCGGGCAAGGUCUUUACCGUUGGCUGUGCGGAGCAAGGGCAACUGGGACGCAUUGCUGAACGUUCGGUUGGAGGCGAGGGUCGUCGGGGUAAACGGGACUUAUUGCGGCCGGAUCAGUUAAUCAUAAAGCGUGCGAAGCCCUUUGAAGCAAUUUGGGCCACCAAUUAUUGCACAUUUUUACGUGAGUCCCAGACGGAGGUAAUUUGGGCCGUGGGCUUGAACAAUUACAAGCAACUAGUGCAUGCAAAGGAAGCCGAACGGGUUUUGAUACCUAUUAAAACCGAUUUGAAGAACGUUAAGCAGAUUGCGGGUGGUCAGCAUCAUACCUUGGUGUUGGAUAAUUCAAUGCGCUGCUUUGCCAUAGGCCGUUCCGACUAUGGGCGCUUGGGCAUUGGCGAUGUCAAGGACGUGGUGUCCGAGCUUGUGCCCAUUAAAGAGCUAAGUGGAAAGACCACGUUUGUCGGCUGCGGCGAAGCCUGUUCCUAUGCCAUAACCAAUGACGGUGCAUUGUAUUCCUGGGGCAUGGGAUCGAAUCAUCAGCUGGGUGUGGGUGAUGGUGACGAUGAGCUGGAGCCGGUUAUUGUCAUCAGCAAGAAUACACAGAACAAACGGAUGCUGAUGGCAUCCGGCGGUGGACAGCACAGUGUGUUUUUGGUCGAGUCCGAUGAGGAGAAGCAAAAGGAGAAUUUGCCAGCCAGCAAGAAACCUAAGACGGCUGCUGUCGAAGCAGCCAAGGAAUCAACCGAAACAGAUAAUAAAGUAAAAGACGCAGUCGACACGAAAAUUGAGACAGUACCGACAACGGUCAACGACGGCAAGACUGCUAAAAAGCCAGCAUCCAAACGCGGACGCAAGAAGGAUUAAUAAGGAAACAUUGGUCAAAUGUUUCUAAUUGUUUUUUCUCUUCUAAAGCCGCAUUAUUAUUGUGCGCAGCUAUAAACACUUAACUAAGCCAACUGAAUAAAAUGUUGUAAUUGAUUGUUUUUUAAAUAUAGUAAAUUUAUAUAUGUAUUCGCAAAAUAGCACAAAAAGCUAUUGCAAAAAGUGAAAGGAACCGAACUAAAACAUUUAUUUACAAACUAA